UUUAUCGUUCUUUGCAUUGAAUUUUUUUAUGGGGUAUCACCAAUUACCUUCCAUUAAAAAUUAUUGGUCAACCGAUAAAGAUUAUGACGUUCCGUUUGUAAGGAAUAUUAUGACACGGACGCGAUUUGAAACGAUACUUUCCAAUAUUCAUAUCAACGACAAUACAUUUAUAACAAAUAGUAAUGAUAAACUAUACAAAGUAAGGCCUUUGAUAGACAUUUUGAACGAACAAUUUAAGCAUUAUUACUAUGGUUCAAGAGAGCUGGCUGUAGAUGAAGCCAUGAUCCUUUUCAAAGGAAGAUCCACGAUUAAACAAUAUAAUCCAAUGAAACCUGUGAAAAGAGGUUAUAAGUUAUGGAUCUUGGCGGAUAAAUGUGGAUUCGUAAAGAAAUUCGAUGUAUAUCAAGGGAAAACCGGUCAAGUUGACAAAAAAUUUGAAAAUUACAAUUUAGGUGAACGCGUUGUGUUAGAAAUGACUGAAGAGCAUUGGGGGAAACAAAAAAUUAUUUAUUUCGAUAAUUUCUUCACAUCGUUACGAUUGUUGGAAAAAUUGAAAGUUGAAGGAACUUUCGCCUGCGGCACUAUACGACAAAAUAGAAAAGGUAUUCCUCCUACCAUUAAUGAUAAGCACAUGAAAAGAGGCGAUUUCGAUCACAAGACAAGUAACACAGGCAUUACAUUCUGUAAAUGGAUGGAUAAUCGACCAGUUCUCUUGGCCUCAAAUUAUAAUGGUAGUAAAGAAACUACAGUAGAAAGAAGAGAUAAAAAAGGGGAAAAACAUCCAAUAAAGUGUCCCGAAGUAAUAUGCGAUUAUGGAAAAUUUAUGGGUGGUGUCGAUCGAGCCGAUCAUCUACGCAGUUUAUAUAAUUUAGACAGAAGAUCUAAGAAAUGGUGGCACCGUUUACUUUUUGGAAUGAUAGAAAUUUCUUUGAUAAAUGCAUAUAUAAUUUAUUGCCAAGCUCGAACUAAAAUGAGCGUGUUGGAGUUUCGUAGAGCUGUCACAAAUGGACUAGCAGUAAAAGGUGCUACUUUACCUUCUACAUCAAGAUUGUCAAAUUCACGCAUCAGCUAUGGUAAUCGUCCGCAAAAGAGAAAAUAUAAUUAUUCGGUAUCUCAAGACUUACGACUAAGUAAUAGAGGUGCUCAUUGGGCACGAUUUGGGAAUCAAAGAGGAAGGUGUGAACAGUGCCGCUGUUAUGGAAUACAAUCAAGACCUUUUUCAAAGUGCUCAGCUUGUGGAAUUUUUUUAUGCUGUAACAAGGAAAAAAAUUGUUUCCUUCAUUACCACCAGGAUUAAUUUAUUUAUUGGUAAUUAUUUCGAUUGUUAAAGAUUAUAAUAAGAAAAUAUUAAAUUAUUUUUGAAAUUUAAAUAAUUUGAGUUUUAUUGUUGUAUGAAUCCCUUAGUGGUACCUUGAAGUACCCAAAUUUUAUCUCCGGUUUGGUAAAUAAUUUUUGAA